AUGCAGAUUCUGGGCUCCUCGCCAUCAACAACACUAGAUCAGCAGUCGUCGAUCACUACCGAGACAAUAUCGUACUCGGCUCAUCCGCUGGCCUCAGGCGUGUCCUUGAACAAGAGAUUGGCCAUCGCCAUAUCCGUGCCAAUCUGCUUCUUUGUCUUGCUGGCUGUGGUCGCAGUGGCAAUAUACUGUUCGAGACUGCAUCGUCCACACCGUAAAGACGUGAGGCGAAGAGGCUCAGAGCAUCAACCUGAAGAUGCAUCUCAAAACCCUGCCGAGUCCCAGAAUCAACAGAGACCACCAGCCCUGGAUGCCAACGGUACUCAGCCCGACAUUAAAGCUAUUCUUGAAGCAUUGAAACAACCCAAGACGCGAAGCAGAUCUGAUCCUACGUUCUUUGCGCAGACGCAAGAAGAAUCACAGCAAUAUGAGCAGCCUCCUCAGCAAUUAGCGAAGUUCGGCGAUACGCCUCGCGACAGUAUCAGUGACGAGGAAGGAAUUCACUUCAGCGACCUUGAAGAUCCGUUCGUUGACCGACCAGAAGACACGCCUGAAGCAGCCAGUCGUCGUCAUCCAAAAGCAGCCUAUAGUCCUCGUGACCCAAGGCUCAAUGGAGGAAGCACAAAUCAUGGACAUGUGUCGCCAUCACGACCAGAAGAUCCAUUUGUCGACCAAGGCGACGACUCGAUCACAUCGCAACCACAAAAUGCUCCUGAUAUCUCCCCGGAAGCAAGAAACCGCGAUGAUCUUGCCGAUGACCCAGGCCUCUGGCUAAAACCGACCAGGAAGACAGAUGUCGCACAUGAAGCGUCUCGCGACCAAGUACCUGUUGAAGAAGCACAGGCACCACAGACGUCCCGCAAAAUCGGAGCAGAAGCCGGAGACCCGUUCGAUGACCUGGAACAUGCGACACACGCAGAAACGCCAAGCGUGCGAAAGGAAGGAUCACAGCAAGGUGGCCUUGAAGAAGCACAGGACUCGGGAGGAAAAGCAGGGUUGACAAACGACCAGCAUUCUUUAUCUUCGCAGCACUCAUCACCGAUAACUACUUCAAGGUCACCAAGUCCUGUGAAGACCAUAUCGAAGCUGUCGAAACUUCUGAGCAGGUUGAAGCUUCCCCUUCGCGACGGUCUCGAAGCCAGAGCGACAGGAACAUCAUUGACGAUCAAGAAGUGUCGUUACAAGAGGUUGAAAGACAGGAUGCCUUACUUGAUCAUGAUCUUGUCAAGACGGCUCGGAGUCGCUCUUUCGCUGGUCCAAACCGCUGCUGCGAAGAAGAUCUGCUAUAGGCGAGAACAGUACUUCACACAUCUCAGCUUCAAAUCCGAGAAAGUCUGGUCCGUCAUCAGCGCUCUACAUCUCGUUGAUCGUUCUCAGCAUCCUAAUCCUGCUCACGCUACUGGCACUAGCAUGGUUCGCAUUACGUCGUAA